AUGCCCAAGCUGUCGAGCAGCAAGGCAAAGGCGGCAGCAGCAGCGGCGAGUGGGCCACCGGCGCUGUACGGCGAAGACCUCAGCGGUCCACCGCUGGUUGUGGAGGUCACCGCACCGUCAGCGUGGACAGCGACAACCGUCGCCGAUGCCUCCAGUAAGGAGGAGUGCUUGAUGGGUGGCGCGCGGUGGGGCCACGCGGCAAUGCUGUCGCCUAGUGAGUCAGUGCUCUGCGUCGUUGGUGGCACUCCGUGCCACCGACCACACGCAGUGGAACAGGCUCCAGCUCCACUAUGGGAGUACACGUCGGUGCCGACAGCAAUGAACACCUUCGCUAUCAAAGCGCAUGCUGCUGUGGCACGCGCAUGGAAGGCGGGAGCAGCACGGUGGGCAGUGCAGCAGGACGCGAUCCGCGGCGCAAACGCCGGCGCUGCGGAAGACCACGACUGGCCGCUUUUUGCCUCCUGGUGGGCCUCAUGGCCAUCGGAGAACGGUGCCGACGGGCCGUCAGUGAUGUACGCCGACGGUGGCUGGAGCGGUGCUUGCCGUAUUGCCGGAGUGCGCGCGUUCGCGGACGGCGCCAACGGAGACAACAGCUUCACACCUCCACCGUCAUCUGCCGCGGCUACCAGCAGCUCCCGCAGUCACCAUACCGUCACGUGUGUGCAGGGUCGGCUACUCCGCUUCGGGGGCGAGACGCAGCAAGGCACCGCCGCAGCGCUGGAGGAGAUCGACGGCGCGUCUGGGAACUUGGAUGAGAAGCAGCAGGCAGGCGGGGAGCACAGAACCGCCGAGGGUAGGGAGGCAGCAGUUCCCGAGCCUACGAGCACGACACCCAGGUUGCCGCCGGCCCUUGGCCCGCCGCCGCCGCGGGCCGCGCACGGCGCGUGCAGCCUCAACCAACGAUACAUUGUGGUUGUGAGUGGACGACAAGUCCAUACGCAAGCAGACGACGCCGGUGCAGCGGCCGCUGGCGCGUCGGCUGGCAAGGGGGCCCGCGCGAGGAAAGUUACCGCGAUGCGCGCGUUGUCACCGGGUAAGCGUGGUGGUGCAUCUGGCAAGGACGGGAAGGGCUCCCCUGCCGCUCUCGAUGCGUCUGCCCCCGCGUCCGCAACACUCACCACGCUAAAGGAUGUGGCCGUCUACGAUGCCAAGCUCGGCGCGUGGCUUCCGGUGCGUGUGGUGGGAGGCGGCGCCGUACCCUGCGCGCGGUACGCAGUGGCUGUCGCAGCAGUGCCGAUCCCUGGUACUGCCUCACCGACAAGCCGCCACCGCGGCCCCGUCGCGGAUGUUGUGCAGCGCGAGGUACUGGUUGUCGGCGGCCUCGACGCCGAAGGCGCCGUAUGCGCUGACGCGUGGGUGAUGCAGGUAAUGAGCGGCGCCGGCGCAGAGCUUGCAGAGCUGCCUGCUGGCACGCCGGCGGACAGCGCAAGCACGGCGGUGCCAGUGGUGAAGAUUCGCUGGGUUCGGCUAGAGCUACCGAAGGCGGCGGCUUCUGUGUUGCAGCGUCACCACGCUGCCGUGGCUGUCUCAAGUCAGCGCAUUGUGUACCUCGUUGGGGGCUGUGGACCGCAUGGCGCCGCGGAGCCGUAUGUUUGCGCGCUGGAGCUGCCACACCUGACAAGCGCGUCGGUGCGACUCGCUGACGAGGCGGGCGGGGACGCAGAAGGCGCGGUGCCCAAGCGGCCAUCCACAAACGCCAAGGGUCACGCGGCGUAA